AGCCUGUUUGGCUCAAGCCGUAUGGCGAUCCAUCCGCAGGGCCGCGCCCCACACGAUCUAGCCACUGGGGCAGUUUUUGCAGAUCUAGGGCAAGCAGGGCAAUUCUCUGUGCGCAAUGCACCGGCAUGAGACCUUGCGGCUUGUAGAGGAGGGUGGCGACACCACCGAUGGCGCUGGUUGCCGCCGUGAGAGCGGCUCCGCUCCCGCCCUCACCGCAGCGGGUGCGACACGCCGCCUUCUGACAUGCGCUCUGGUGGCUGCCGCUGGCGCGCUGACUGCUCACGGCGUUGCGGCGCUGUAUCGGCCAGCGAAGGCACGCUGGGGAGAGCACGGCGCCACGGCGGCGCUCGAGGACGAGGUCGAGCUGCAGGGGUCGCGCUGUGACAGCGCAACGCCCCCGGGAGUUCCAGGGGCACGGGCCGAAAUCAACGCCUGGGCGGCAGACCUGGUCGGCCAGAUGACGAAGGCGGAGAAGUGGGCAAUGGUCAGGGGCACCAGCGACAAAGGUAAUUGGGUGGGUCGCAUCAAGGGCGUGCCGCGGCUUGCCAUACCGCCGCUCACGAUGCAGGACGGGCCCCAGGGCUUCCGCCCCACCUCGAGGGCACAGCUUGGCCAGGUGACGUCGUGGCCGUGCGCGCUGGCGGUUGCCGCCACGUGGGAUGCCGGCGCAAUGCGUCGGUGGGCGCAGGCAAUGGGCCAGGAGUUCAAGGCGAGGGGAGCUAGUAUCGCGCUCGGCCCAGGGGUGAACGUGAAUCGCGUUGCUGUGAAUGGGCGUAAUGCCGAAUACCUCUCUGGAGAAGAUGCGUACCUCGGGGCAAAGCUGGUAGUGCAGUUUGUCGAGGGCAUGCAGGGUGAAGGCGUAGCUGCAGUGGUGAAGCACUUUGUGAACAACGAGCAGGAGGAAGAUCGCACACUCGUAGACAUAAUCAUUGAUGAGCGCACCCUUUGGGAGGUGUAUUACCCGCCUUUUCAAGCUGCUGUAGAUGCUGGUGUUGCUUCGGUGAUGUGCUCGUACAACUCAGUGAACGGCCAGCCCGCGUGCGAAAACUCCAAGACGAUCCAGGAGGACCUUAAGAAGACCAUGGGCUUUGAUGGUUGGGUGAUGAGCGACUGGGACGCGCUCAAGACGGGACUGGGGGGGGUGGCGGGCGGCACAGAUCAAGAUCUUCCCUCAGGUAACUUCUUCACCGACGAGGUCCUCGGGCAUGUACCGAGCACUCGCCUGGACGGCAUGGUGCAGCGCGUGCUCCAAGGCAUGGCGCGGGUGUGGAGUGCGAAUCCCAGCAGCCUCUGUGCCCAUGGCGCCGCCGAGGCUGUAGCUUAUGAGGUGUUGGCUGGUGUGUGCCGCACAGAGGGCGGGGGAGCCGGCACCUAUUCAAGCCAUCCUGGCUUGGACCAGGCCGGGUGCGAGAGUGCAUGCACGGAUGGCCUCACCUGCGUGGCGUACGAGUUCUCGGGGCCCGGGACGUGCGAGUUGCACACGGCGGCCAUCGUCGCGACGGAGGCUUCGGUCGGAGCGACGUGCGGCCUGAAGUCGCAGGGCGGCAAGACGGCCGCCUCCAUCUUGGAGCAGCACCGCACGCUGGCCCAGGAUUUGGCCUCUCAGGGCGCCGUCCUCCUGAAGAACGAGAAGGGCGUUCUGCCGCUCGGGGCCGCCGGGAAGGUCGCGGUCAUCGGCGCGGCUUGCGACGCUCGGCACCACAUCGACCUCGACAAUUGGCUGGACUCGGACUACUACGUCGUCGGCGGCUCUGGGCGCGUCGCGGCGAGGAGCGCGACGUCCGUGGUGCAGGGGCUGCGGAAGUCCAACCUCGCCCUGAAAGAGAGCAUAGAGAACAGCCUGACGCUCGCGAGACAGGCGCUGGCAGAGUCGCAGGUGGCGGUAGUGUGCGGUGGGGCCGCGUCCGAGGAGAAUUCGGACCGCAAGAGCCUGUUGCUGCAGGAGGACAACUUCAUCGCCCAGGUGUUGGCCAUGGCAUCGGAAAUGCAGGUGCCUGCCGUGGUGGUUGCCCUGGCACCGGGGCCGAUACUAAUGAGCUGGAGGCACGAAGCGUCGGCGGUGCUGCUGAUGUUUCUGUCCGGGGAGCGCACCGGGGAUGCUGCCGCGGCGGUGAUGACCGGCCAGGUGAACCCAUCCGCCAAACUUCCAGUGACAAUUCCAGUGCUCGAGUCAGAUGCUGUGCCUCACUGUGCUGUCAGCAAGCGCAGUGGACACAACACCAGCUGCGAGUACUCCGAGAGACUCUUGGGCGGCUGGCACUGGUACGAUGGCAAGGAGGUGGCCUAUCCCUUCGGCCACGGUCUGAGCUACACAACCUUCGAGUACAGCGCCGUCGAGGGCCCGUCACAGCCUGACGAGGACGGCAGGCGGAGGCUGUCCGUCCAAGUGCGGAACACGGGCCGCGUGGACGGCUCCGAGGUGGUGCAGCUGUACCUCGACUUCCCGCCAGAGGCAGGGAUGCCGAGGCGAGUCCUGAGGGGCUUUGCCAAGACGCCGGUCCUGCGGCCCGAUGAGUCCCACGAGGUCGUACUGGAGCUCACCGAGCGCGACUUGUCCACGUGGGACGUGGGCGUGCACGGCUGGAGGAUGCCGCCGCCGCUGGCCACGUUCCAGGUGAUGAUCGGGGCCUCCUCGCAGGACAUCCGGCUCGGCGGCAGCUUCAGCGCCGAGGGCGCGGGCAGCCUCGUCAGCGCGACGCCCGACGCCCUGGCCAGGCUGUCCCGGCUCGAGGGCGCAGGGCCCCAGGCGGGCGCCGGGCAGCCCAGGGCGGGAACUUUUCGCCCGACGUGCUCACGAAAUCGCCCAGUACGGCGGAUCCGAAGUCGGUGCAGGGCCUGCGGCACGAGGGGGAGAGCGAGGCCCCAGAGGAGAAGGAGGUGUGGGACAGGCCCGCGGACCCGAACCCGUGGGACUAUGCCCUCGCCUCCCUCGGCGCCUCGAUUGGCCGCUGAGGCCGGCCGAGCGCGGGAGGCAGCCCGCAGGGGGCACGCGGCGGCCAGCCUCGGCGUCGAGAUCUGACCCCGACCCUCUCGAAGGGGGCGGGGGAGGGAGGAGGAGGCCAAGGUGGCUACCGCCGCGCAAGUUCAAUAUUUAUCAACAAGUUCGUUCUGAAUUUAAGUCGUAGGGCGCGCCGAUCAGGCUUGAGAGCGGACUGGUCUAAAUCGAUAUGUCGCGCUGACUGUAGGCCUCUUCGCGCCGAGUUUGGCUCCUCCGCGCCGAUCGGAAACGAUUGGGCGCCGAGCAUGGCUCCCUCGCGCUGAUUUGAGCUUCUGUUCUCUCGCUCCCCGCCGACCUCCCUCCCGAGGGUGUUCACCCGGCCGCUUUUUUCUGACCCACACCUCGGCUGGUUUAAUGUUACGUAACCUCCUGAGAUGUCGGUGCCAGUGCCGUCGUGUUAAUAUUUCCCCUUGGGCCGUGCUGCCAGUUUUCCGGUCGGCACGCUUCCCCGUCUCUUGCCAGGCUUGAUCAGCUCCAGCAUUCAACCUGUUGGAACCGCGUGUGCGGUCAUCCGUGGGAGCGCGAAAUUAGCCUGUCGAAGAACCCAACCAUAUGCAGUUGUGGGUACAGCCGGUGUAUGCA